AUGGAGGAGGCGAGUCUGGACGAGAUGCUCGCCCAGCUGGCCGCGUCCCUCGCCGCCGCCAGCUCGCGCCUGCGCCCGACGCACCUGCCGGCCCUGGACGCCCUCGCCGCCGCGCACCUGCGCGAGACGCAGUCGCCCGCCGUGGCGCUGUGCGGCCGCGCCCUGCCGCUCCUGUACACGGUGGUGUCGACGCUGGUGUCGCCGCCCAGCCGCCAGGCCGUGCUGGUCGUCGACCCGGGCGGGCGCUUCGACCCGGCCCGCCUGGACUGCGCGCCCGAGGACCUGCAGCACGUGUACGUCCAGCGCCCGGGUGCGGCCGACCACGCCGACGGCGACAACCGUGACGACGGCGACGACGACGACGACGGCGACGACGACGACGACGACGACGACGACGACGACGACGGCCGGCGCAGGGCCGUGGCCGCCGAGGCCGAGGCCUUCAUGCUGUACGGCGAGGGGGCGCGGCUGAGCCGCCCGCGGCGCUGGUGGGGCACCGUCGUGCUGGGCCCCGGCCCGGGCCCGGGCCCGGGCGACCUGACGGCCGGGCCGAGGGGCUGGCUGCGCGUCGAGCGGGCCCCCGUGCCGGGGUUCGCCGGCGUCCGGGGGGCCGGGGACGCCUGGGCGCGGAGCGAGCAGCGGCGCAGGGACGUCGACCGCGCCGGCUGGACCGCCGCCUCGCCCUGGGGCCGGUUUGCCUUUCACGAGGGCAGGCAGCACACGGGGAGGCAGCACGCGGGGAGGCAGCACGCGGGGACGGCAGCUCGCCCGCUCGACGGGUAG